CAUGGGCUGCUUCUUCUCCCGCCGCAGGAAGCCGGCGCAGGGCGAGCAGCAGCAGCAGCAGCAGCAGCAGCAGCAGCAGCAGCAGGCGGUAGCGGCGGGGGAGAGCGGCAAAGACGCGGCGUCCGGCGAGGGGAAGGCGCCGCGGUACAGCUGGGACCAGCGAGCCAAGGUUGACCCCAAAGAUUAUACUUUUUCCGGACUUAAAGAUGAAACUGUGGGUCGACUGCCUGGAAAAGUAGCAGGGCAACAGUUCAUCAUCCAAGACUGUGAGAACUGUAGCAUCUACAUAUUUGACCAUUCUGCUACAAUCACUAUUGAUGACUGUGUAAACUGCCAAAUCUUUUUAGGACCAAUCAAAGGCAGCGUGUUUUUCCGUGACUGCAAAGACUGUAAAUGCAUAGUGGCCUGCCAACAGUUUCGCACUCGGGACUGCAGAAAGCUGGAGGUUUUCCUGUGCUGUGCCACCCAGCCCAUUAUCGAAUCCUCCACAGGUAUGAAAUUUGGAUGUUUCCAGUACUACUAUCCUGAGCUUGCUUUACAAUUUAAAGAUGCUGGGCUGAGUAUCUUCAAUAACACGUGGAGCAACAUUCAUGACUUUACCCCUGUGUCAGGAGAAAACAAUUGGGGCCUUUUGCCUGAGAAUGCAGUAGUCCAAGAUUAUGUCCCUCUGCCCAGCACUGAGGAGCUGAAGGCUGUCAGAAUUUCUACUGAUGCUUCAAGGAGCAUAAUACCAAUAACUCGAGGGCAGAGACAGAAAAGCAGUGAUGAAUCGUGUUUGGCCGUGUUUUUUGCUGGUGACUACACAACUGCAAAUGCCAGGAAGUUAAUUGAUGAGAUGAUGGGCAAAGGCUUUCAGCUGGUACAGACUAAAGAAGUCUUAAUGAAGGCAGAGGAUGCUCACAGAGUUUUCAAGCAGUGUGCAUCAGAAUUCAUACCACUGCUUGAAAAAGGUCCAGUGGUUUCUUUGGAGUUCAAUGGAGAUGGUGCUGUGGAAGGAUGUCGAAGCACUAUAAAUGAUGUUUUUAGUGGGACCAAGGUUUUUGUAUCGGAGAGCAAGGCAUCAGCAUCUCAAGAUGUAGACAAUUUCUACAACUUUGCUGACAUGCAGAUGGGAAUGUGAAGUUUAACAUGAAGGUGUUCACGUACGAUUCAUCUCAGCACUUGGAUGUCACUUGGCUUGAAUAUUGCAGUAGUAUCUGAGAAGUUUGGUAAUUUCUUUUUGUAUUUCUUAUAUAUCCAUUUUAUAAAGCUAUUGGUGGUUUUAAUACUCUAUUACCUGAAUAAGAGGCAUAGCUUCCCAUGUGCUUUGUGUUUGAAACUUAUAUUUUGACUUCAGAAACAAUGGAGGAUUUUUUAAUUAACUUUUUACAGUGGUUUCUAAAUUUCUGUUGAUGUUUCUGGUCAACAUCAAACUGUAAUAUGUAUUUGAAAAGUACAAUGCUGAUCCAAAUUUGAUGCAGUAGAAAUUGUUUAGAAAGUGCAUUUAUGUGAAACUCGCUGCUCAGAGUUUUCCCACAUGCAAAUUUGUCGUCACUGGGGGCCAGGGAGGAAGCUGUAGUCAUGGACUUUUUCUGAAAGCCUAGUCUGAAAUGAAUUCUUAGCGCAUGCUUUCAGAAGCAGUACAUGACUUAUAAAAUGCUCAUCUGGCUUAUUCUGCAUCAGCAUCUUUUUUGAAUAGAGUUGUUUGCAGCAGUGUUUAUGCUGACAGUAGUUGUAACAGCAUCCUGGUAAGUGAUGUGAAUUUGGAGGAUGAGUACUCUUGCUGAAGAUGCUCUAAGGUCCACUCAUAUCUCUGGUGAUAUAGCUACCUCUGGUAUUCCCAAGUCAUAUAUGGGAUAUACAUGAUGUUCCCUUGGACUCAGUGUAAGUGUGUGGCACUGUUACUGUUUGCUACAAGGGACACAGAAUCAUAGAAUGUUAGGGGUUGGAAGGGCCUUCUAGUCCAACCCCCCUGCCAGAGCAGGAUCACCUAGGGCAGGUCACAGAGGAAGACAUCCAGGCAGGUUUUGAAAGUCUCCAGAGAAGGAGACUCCACAACCUCUCUGGGCAGCCUGUUCUGGUGGUCCAUCAGCCUCACAGUAAAGAAGUUUCUCCUCAUGUUAAGGUGGAACUUCCUGCGUUCUAGCUUAUAUCUAUUGUUCCUUGUCCUAUUAUUGAGCAUCACUGAAAAGAAGCUGGCCCCUCUAAACACAGAGCAACCAGGAGUCAGAGAAGGGCUCUGAUGUAAUUGAAAAAAGCUCUUCCUUGCUAGACCCCAGAAGAGUUUUACACUCAGUAGUGAUACUGGAAAUUUGGCUGUAAAGUACUACACACUGCUGUAGGGUUUAUUUUUGGACUAAUUCUAAUAACAGACUGAAAAAGUGCUACUAGCAUUUUGGGAGAUGCAUUUGAAUAGUGAUCAGUAAGGGUGCUUAUUAGAAUGCAAAUCUAUAUGGAUGUUAAAUACAUGACAGAUUUCGUUUUGCAUAUUGCAUGUUCACUGAUUUUUCUACACAAAGUCAAAGCUUUUGACCUGGUUUACAAGCCCUCUGUAAUACUUGAACAGAGUGUGUGUGCAGGUGCACAAAAUCAAAUUUCUUAUUUAAACUUGUGGCUUGCCAGUUUAUGUAGCCUUUAAAAUCCAUUGAAUGGACUGGGGCUGUGCUUAGGUGCUAAAAUGAUUUCUUCAUUAUGGUCAUCUGUCAAAAGGGAAGGUCUUGUGUAUCUUAACUGAAAGUGAAUCUUGAUUCAUCAGUUUCACAGCUCUGGAGAUUCAAAAGUAGGUGGCUAAAAGCACACCUCUUUCUAAUUUUUUAGAAUUAGCAUGUGAAAGAAUCUAUUAUCCUGAAAUUCCUAAUUCUGUCAUGCCCAAGAGAUACUCUGAGCUGUCAUUCUGUUGCUACUUGGCAAAUGCCCUUAGUUUAAACUAUAUAUUGAGAAUAUGUCCUUAGGCCCUCUUGUCGAAGUUAUGCAUAAAUUAAAUAAGGAAUAAUAUAUUCUGAAGUCACUAAGCCAUUAGUGUACUGAAAGUAAGAAAAAUGUCUCUUUAGUGACAUUUUUUAAUUUGACAAAGUGAAAUAAAAUAAAACCACUACCAGAACCUGACUGGUAGUGGAUAUUACCAUUUAUAUGUGCUUAGCCAGCCAGGAUUCUUUUUGUGUGUGAGGAGAGGUUUCUGAAAACAUCUCACAGUCUUAGAUCUGUCUCCAAAGUACUAGCACAGCUCUUUAAUGAACAUUUGCAGGAAUUAUUCUACCCACGUACAGUAAAUGUAUUUUUUCUGGUAUGGACAGUACAUUAAUAUUGUUUAAUGUACUUCAGAACUGUCAUUGUGUAAUUUAUCUAAGCAGUGAGUAUAAUGGACCAUCUUGGUCUCUAAACCUUUGCAUACAAUACCCUGACAUGUGAUUAUAUGAAUGUGUCUUGUUUAUUUUUUUGUACCAUCAACCUGCUCUGGAAGCAAAAUGCUAAACUGAUUUUGUGAUGGCUUUUGCUGAAGGACAGGAUGGUUAACUGAAAAGUAAUCUAGGCUUGAAACAGUGGAAAAACUUUUCUACAUGCUGGUAAAGAGCAGAGUGUUUAGUUUGUUUCUUUGGUUGGUGUUUUACACUGAUAGCCUGCUUAUCAACAUUAAGAGUUUUAAAUAAUGAAGGAGUUUCUUAAUCCAGUUAUUUAUCUUUUGAUUUCAGUUUCUUGCUAACAGGUGUUAUGAGUACUUCUAGCCUAAGCAUCAGGUAUUGUAUGCUUUACUGAGUGGUACGUGCUUCAGGUAGUCUUUGUAUGAUUAUUGUAUAACUUUGAUGUAAUUUCUAUUGCACUGUGAAUGUGAUUCAUAAUAAACAUUGAAAAUCUAAA